AUGCCUUCAUAUCACUGCUCACUCCCUCGCAUUGGCUUGUCCUCUCCCUCGCCUUGGCUUGUCCUCUCCCUCGCCUUGGCUUGUCCUCUCCCUCUUUGGCUUGUCCUCCCUGCCUUUUUUUGUCCUGUCCCUCCCCCUUGGCUUGUCCUCUCCCUCGCCUUGGCUUGUCCUCUCCCUCGCCUUGGCUUGUCCUCUCCCUCGCCUUGGCUUGUCCUCUCCCUCGCCUUGGCUUGUCCUCCCUGCCUUGAAGCAUUUUCCCCUCGCCUUGGCUUGUCCCUCCUCCCUUUGGCUUGUCCUCUUUCCGCCUUGCUUGUCCCUCCUCCCCUCGCCUUGGCUUGUCCUCUCUCCCUCGCCUUGGCUUGUCCUCUCCCUUUGGCUUGUCCUCCCUGUCUUGUCCUCUCCCCUUGGCUUGUCCUCCCCCCUUUGGCUCCUCCUGGCUUUUGGCUUGUCCCUCUCCCCGCCUUGGCUUGUCUCCCUCGCCUUGGCUUGUCCUCUCCCUCGCCUUGGCUUGUCCUCUCCCUCGCCUUGGCUUGUCCUCUCCCUCGCCUUGGCUUGUCCUCUCCCUCGCCUUGGCUUCUCCUCUGUUAUUUGCUUAGCUUGUUCUGGGUCUCUUCCUCCCCUUUCUCUAGUUCCCCUCAUUCUUUUCUUAUUUUUAUUUUUCCUUUUAACUUUCUCAUUUGUUCUCUUUCCCUCUUUUUUUCUUUACAUUUUUUCCCCACUACAGAUUUUUCCUCUCCUUUCUCUCUUAAACCUUUCAACAACAAAAGCCCAAAUCAGCCAUAA